AUGCAAAAUCUUGGUGCCGGUGCUAGUACGGUGGUUUCCCAUACCUUCACAAGUGUACUGAUGAAGAAAGAACACUCAUUGGGCCAGAAGAGAGGGCCUGAUCUCCCCUACUCUAGCAUUUCUAUUUUUCUGGAUAGAAUAAGCAAUUAUGCAUCAGCUGUUAUCACUACAUUCAUCUACGUGGUGGUGUUUACAUUUUUAUUUUAUGGACAACCUCAUAUAAGAAAGAGCCGUGAGAUGCGCAUAACAUUGUUGGUGUUCUCUUUUUGUGCAUAUCAAAUUGUCUGCUUUAUCAUUUGGGAGUUUGUUCUACCCGCGUUUAAUUUUAAUUACUAUCUUUCAUUGGUGAGCCUAAUUAUGUGGGUGAUUUGGAACGGGGCCAGUGCCGUACUCUAUAUGACUUUUAGUGUCUCAUUUCGACGGGACCUGAAGAACAUGAUUCGAUCUACGGGAUGUUGUGGUAAUGACUCCCGGACUUCAAAGACGGCGAACUCGCCGAAGCAUCGGCCAAGAAUAGACGAUCAUAACAAGGUCGCUGCCAUGUCAACUCAAGAGAAGAAAUACCCAAUCAUAUGA